GACCAAUCUCUCCGGAGUCCCGACUCCUCUCUCUCCUAACGCAAAAUAAACGUCCCCCCGUCUCUUCUUCUUUCACUUCUACUCUACUCCGUCUCUCUCUCUCUCUCUACAAUUUUUUCUCUCUCUCUACAAUUUUUUGUACAAAACAUAGAGAAUUUGGUAGCUCUGUGAUGAGUCGGGUAGUUCUCUGAGAAAUGGGUACGUGUGCUUCAGUCCUCAAAGACCCAAAUUCAUCCACGAAGAUCCGACGACCAUUUAGGACUAAAACUGAAAAGGUUGUGAUUCAGUCACCCACCAAAGUCAAACCAAUCGUCAAUGGUGACCGACCCACCGCCGAGUUUGGACCCAAUUCUCAGCCCUAUCAACCAGUUUCGAAUUUUCAUGACUUCGGUAGUAAAGAGGAGACCUUUUUUGAUUCCCAGCCCUGGUUAGAUUCAGACUGUGAGGAUGAUUUCCUCAGUGUUAAUGGUGAUUUUACUCCAUCUCGUGGUAGUACUCCAGUCCAUCAGAGCUUCUCCAUGGGAACCCCACGAAGAUCAUUUCUCGAGGACAGAACACCAGGUUCCAAACCUGAACCAUCCUCUACAGGGAAGAGAAUGAAACUAUCUGAACUUCUUGAAAAGAGCUUAGAAGGUGACGAAAAUGUAAAGAUGGAAGGUCAGACAGCUAUGCUGGAGCUUUUUCAAAAAGAUGCAAAUGUCACCCCUCGUGACUCUGGAGCUAAUUCUGUCAGCAGUAUUAAAAAAACUCCUAGUGGACAUUUAAAAGCUGAGAAGGAAAAAUCGGUUAGAUCUGCAGAGUGUUGCAUUCCGAGCUUGCUUUCAAGCCGUAGCUUUAGUGAAAGGAGGAAGAAGAAGAAGAACCCUGUCCAUAGCUUCCAGUGACUAUACUCUUGAUUUCCAUUACUUUCAGUACAAUGUAUAUUGAAAGAAGCCAAAAUCUCAAAUCUCUCUCAGAGAGUAUUACAAGUUUAAAAUUAAUGAAUUUAGAGUAAAUAUAUAAGGGUAUUGGUUUUUAGCAGUCAUAAGGAUUUACAUAUAUAAAGUCAGACAGAAGGUGAUGCUCAAUAAAUCAGUCUCAAUGCGACACUGUCUUUAUGUUCUAA